CAUUCCUUGCGAUCAUUCCUUAUUCCCUUUCGUAGUAUUAAAGUACGGUUUAAAUUUGUUUCGCUUCUCCAUUCUCUCUUUCUCUCCCGAUGGAGGACUCGAAGGAGAGCGGCGCUGGAGAUAAGAUUGCCGAGGAAAGCCCUAGCCCCAACCCUCCGCUGCCGGCGGAGGGGGAGGCCGGGCCUGCCGUGGGGGUGGCGCCGCCUCCCGCGAUGCCGCCCUCCCGGAUGCCGUUCACCAGCCUCAGCCAGGUGGACGCCGACCUCGCCCUCGCCCGCGCCCUCCAAGAGCAGGAGCGGGCGUACAUGAUGCUGCGGAUGAACGGUGGCCAUGGAAGCGAUUUCGAGAGUUCCGACGCUGGGAGCUACGAGUAUGAGGACGGAGACGAACCGGAACACCCGAUCGACGAGGGGGGGAGCGCCGAGGGGAGCGAUUACGGCGAGGAUGCGUUCGAUGCCAACGAUCGGUCUGUCGAUCCUGCCGAAUUUGAGAGCGACGAGGCCUUUGCGAGGGCGCUGCAGAAUGCCGAGGAAGCAGAGGUGGCCGUCCGGUUGAUGGCCCUUUCCGGAUUGAAUGAUUGGGCUGUAGAGGACCACGAGGACCAUGACAGUCACUCUCAGGAUGCUUGGGAAGAGGUUGAUCCAGAUGACUAUUCUUAUGAGGAACUAGUUGCAUUGGGUGAGGUAGUUGGAACUGAGAACAGAGGCCUCUCUGCUGACACAAUAGCCUCUCUGCCUUCAGUCAACUACAAGGCAGGAAGUGCGCAAGAUGGCAACACUGAUCAAUGUGUUAUUUGUCGGCUGGAGUAUGAGGAUGGUGAAUCUCUAGUUAUGCUUUCAUGCAAGCACACAUAUCAUUCUGAGUGUAUAAACAAGUGGCUUCUAAUAAACAAGGUAUGUCCAGUCUGCAGCACCGAGGUUUCUACCUCCGGAACUAAGCAGGAAUGACACCUGAUAGAAUUUGCCAUUGCCUUAUUUGAAUGCUAUAACGAGACAGCUCCUCUGGGAGUAUUUGUCUGAAAUACUGCGUCCACCAGUACUCAUGGUCAAAUGGAGGAGUUAGAUGCUGUUAACUUAUAUGCAUAAAUUGCUAAAAUUGCACAACGUGCUCCAAUCUAUAAAUUCAUUAACCUCUUCAAUUUAUUGCACCUCUCUAGUCUUUGUCCUUUCAGAGUUUGUUGGGUAAAUUACCCUGCUUCAUAUUGAUGCCUUCAUAAUUCUA